CGCGGCAAGGUCAGUGCGGAGCGGAGCCGCGCGCAGGCGGGCAGCCCUCCGCGCUCCCACCGCACCCUCCGCCUGCCUCUGGCAUGCAGCGGCUGCUGCUCGCCGUGCCGCCGAGCCAGCCCGGCCGGCAGACCUCCACUUAGCUACCCGGGAGGUGUCAGGGAGGGGGAUCGAGGAGGGGGAUUUUUUUCCUUCUACUUUUUUUUUUUUUUUUUUUUUUUUUUUUUUUGGCGUGCCUUGCAGUACGUGCCUGGAUAGUUUGUGGAUAUAAUUACUGACUGGAAUCUGGGCUGUUGCAGUUGUAUGUGGCGGGGGGGGGAAGAGAGGGAUACAGGAGAAAAGAAAGAGUCCCCCCCUCCCCCCUUCGCCGACCCUCCCUGCUCCCCUUCCCCGCAUUUUUCCCCCCCGCUUUGGUGGUGGUUCGGACAUUUCAUGUAUUGAAUGAACUGGAAUUGUUUUCGGUGUGAGGAGGAUGGUUGCUGUUACUUUGUGAUGAGAUCGGGAAUGAAUCGCUCGGUUUAAAAAUGCUGCUUUGGAUUCUGUUGCUGGAGACGUCUCUUUGUUUUGCUGCUGGAAACGUUACAGGGGACGUUUGCAAAGAGAAGAUCUGUGCCUGCAACGAGGUAGAAGGGGAUUUGCACGUAGACUGUGAGAAAAAGGGAUUUACCACCCUGCAACAUUUCACCGCCCCAACUUCCCAGUUUUACCAUUUAUUCCUGCAUGGAAAUUCCCUGACUCGACUUUUCCCUAAUGAGUUUGCUAACUUUUACAAUGCAGUCAGUUUGCACAUGGAAAACAACGGUUUGCAUGAGAUUGUUCCUGGGGCUUUCCUUGGGCUGCAGCUGGUGAAACGCUUGCACAUAAACAACAACAAGAUCAAAUCGUUCAGGAAGCAGACUUUCCUGGGGCUGGACGAUUUGGAGUAUCUCCAGGCAGAUUUUAAUCUAUUGCGGGAUAUUGACCCGGGAGCAUUUAGGGACCUAAACAAGCUAGAGGUGCUGAUUUUAAAUGAUAAUCUCAUCAGCACCUUGCCCCCCAACGUGUUUCAGUACGUGCCGAUCACCCACCUCGACCUCCGGGGAAACCGUCUUAAAACCUUGCCUUACGAGGAGGUCCUGGAGCAGAUCCCAGGCAUUGCUGAAAUCCUGCUAGAGGAUAACCCCUGGGACUGCACUUGCGAUCUGCUAUCGUUGAAGGAAUGGCUGGAAAACAUACCCAAAAACGCUUUGAUCGGCAGAGUGAUUUGUGAGGCUCCCACUAGGUUGCAGGGCAAAGAUUUAAAUGAGACCACAGAGCAAGAGCUGUGCAAAAAGAGCAGAGUGGAUUCUAGUCUAGCUGCUCCCCCUGCCGAAGAAGAAACCUGCGAUCCUGGUCCCAUUCCAACCCCCUUUAAAAUACAUGGCAAAGAAGACCCUGCCACGCCAGGAUCUGGUCCAAACGGAGGUACAAAGAUUCCCGUCAACUGGCAAAUCAAGACCAGACCUACGGCUGCCGUGUCGACAGUUAGCGUGAAGAGCAAGCUGCCGGCUACCAUGUCCUGUCCUCAGAUCUGCAGCUGCGAUCAGAUCCCUGGCUCGGGUUUAAAGGUUAAUUGCAACGACAGGAACGUGAGCAGCUUGGUGGAUCUGAAGCCCAAGCCGUCCAACGUGCAGGAGCUGUUUCUGAGAGACAACAAGAUACACACCAUCAGGAAAUCCCACUUUCUGGAUUAUCGGAAACUUAAUUUGCUGGAUCUGGGCAACAACAACAUAGCCACCGUCGAGAACAACACCUUCAAGAAUCUCUUUGAUCUCCGAUGGCUCUACAUGGAUAGCAACUACUUAGACACCCUCUCCCGGGAGAAAUUCGCUGGGCUGCAAAACCUGGAGUAUCUGAAUGUAGAGUUUAAUGGGAUCCAGCUGAUCAUGCCUGGCACUUUCAAUGCGAUGCCCAAACUGAGGAUCCUCAUCCUCAACAACAACCUGUUGAGGUCUCUCCCAGUCGACGUGUUCGCCGGGGUCUCGCUUUCCAAGCUGAGCAUACAUAACAACUAUUUCAUGUACCUGCCGGUGGCGGGGGUGCUGGACCAGCUCACCUCCAUCACGCAGAUCGACCUGCAUGGCAACCCGUGGGACUGUACUUGCCCCAUCGUGCCUUUCAAACAAUGGGCAGAGAUGCUGCGCCCCAAGGUGAUCAUGAGCGACCUGAGGUGCGAGUCCCCAGAAGAUUUCUUCAAGGAGGAUUUCGAGUCUCUCUCCAACGACGUGAUCUGCCCGCAGCUAAAAGUUUCGCCCACGUUAACUUCCACUAACAAAAACAGCACUGGGAUGGCAGAGACAGGUACUCACUCCAACUCCUACCUGGAGACCAGCAGGGUCUCCAUCUCGGUGCUGGUGCCAGGGCUCCUGCUGGUGUUUGUGACCUCUGCCUUCACGGUGGUCGGCAUGCUGGUGUUCAUCCUGAGGAACAGAAAGCGCUCCAAGAGGAGGGACGCCAACUCCUCCGCCUCCGAAAUCAACUCCCUGCAGACGGUCUGCGACUCGUCCUACUGGCACAACGGGCCCUACAGCACCGACGGAGCCCACCGGGUUUACGACUGCGGCUCGCACUCCCUGUCAGACUGAGCCGGCGGACAGGGCGCGGGGGUCGCGGCCACUUCUCAGCCAGCGGCCGGGACCGGCGAUCAGCCUCGCCCGCUCGUGGCACUGCUGCGCGCCCGGCAAGGGACGGCCCCAACUAAGCUACCUUUCGUGAGAAACAAGACACACACACACGCACACACACACACACACACACACCAGCCCCAGCAAACACUGCGCGGGGGGAGCCCGCGCAGCUCGGCGCAGCUCGGCGCACCCCGCGGCGCCUUUGGCGAGGCCGCCGCCUGCGCGCUGCCGAGGUCGGCGGGGGAGCAGCGAGAAGAGAGGAUCAGGCUCCUUCGGCCCCGGUGGGGCCAGCGUGGCUCGUGGUUUGGUCGGGUUGUCGCUCUCUUUCGUCGUUUGGCUUUUUUCGCCCCCGCUCCCCGCGGAGCGAGCCCUCGCCGAGAGGCCGGGGUGAGGAGGGGGGCAGAGGAAAGGCCGGUGUCGGCCUCCUCUUGACAGCAGAGCAGGAGUGGAAAGUUGCACGAAGGCAUGAAUGUAAUGUAAAUAAAUGACUCCGACUCCGAAAACAGACAGACAAACGGACCAAAAAAAAAAAAAAAGUGCUGCAUGGCUCGCAUGGAUACAACGCACCCCAGGGACGCUCCAGCCCCCGCCUGGAAGCAGCGUCUAGUUCACACCAUCAUCCCUCUUACCCGAUAAGUCCCUUCGUAUCAAACCUUCUAUAUACAAAAUACAGUAUAAUAAUAAAAAGUGCCAUUUCGCCAUUUUUGUGUGAUCAAUAGGCAGUAGAGAUCGUACUUUUACCGUGGGAAAAAAUUGUAAAGGUUUUAUUUAAGACAUAAUUGCAUGAAUAUUCUCAUUGGAUCAUUUCCUUCCUUUUUUCUUUUACUUUUUUUUUUUUUUUUUUGGAGGCGGGAAUUACUUUGUUGGGAGAGAUUUGCUUUGUUGCGGGUGGGUUUGGGGCUCUUGGCGGGGGCGGGGAGGUUGGUUUUCUUUUCUCUCUCUUCUUUUUCAAUAUGCAUAUUCAGUAUUGCCUUUCCAUCUGAAUGUAAAAAUUAGUACCCUUGAUUUCUAUUAUGGUAACAGUGUAAACAGUCAAAAAAAAAAAAAUCCGAGGCAGUUAAGCAUGACCAAUUAAUG